AUGCCUAAACACCAUGGCAUCGAGUCUCUUGUUUUCCCCAGAUCGCGCAACUUUCAUGCUUCCGCGGCCACCAAAGUUUCCACCCCGUGGAAGUGGCUGCCUGUGAACGAAAACAAGGCAGUCUUUGGUCACGAGCUCUUGCUAUAUACUUCUGCUCCCUUGAGAAUUCUCCGCAUUCUCGUAGCCGAAGAAAGCAUAUCAAUGGCAGGAAACAAGGCGGCUGACACAACAUACAGAUGGGUAUACCUUUUCUUCUUCAACACCCUUUGGGUUUGGAUUCCUUUGUGGAUUCUCUACCAAGGAUAUGGAGCCUUCACAUCCGCUCUGAACACCACAACCCUCAAGCAAAAGAAGAGAUAG